UACAUGUCCAUCGCUUGUGGUGUGGUGCGCGAACAUUACAUUAAAAACAAAAACAACUAUCUCAUUUUGAGUUGAUGCUUGAAGUGUUCACAUUGCGGGAAAAAAUCAGCCCUAACCAGAAAUUAAUAUUGCGGUGAAUUAAGUGCUCAAAUAACGAGGUAGCAUUGUGGGAAAUAAAAAAUGAGUGCCGCAAUAAUUUCUGAACAUGUUUCUACUACUAUUAAGCCGAGGUAUUGGGAGCAUAACGAAAAGAAGACCACGUUCCCCGCCUGGAGCUUCGUAUUAACUUCUUGUUUGGAAGUUGCGGCCGCCAAUCACGUUGCCAAACCUUUCACAACUUUCUAUUAUUGAAUCAUGCCAAAGAUCUAUGUACAUUGACUUAAUUUUCAAAUAUUAUUAAAAAAAAAAAUCAAAUUAACUUCCUUGGUAUUCUCUAUCUUUCAUUAAAAUUUCUAAAUUUUAAAUAAAAAUUCAUUUUUUGGUCCACUUAAUAAAAAAAAAAAAAAAUAAGCCCUCAUUUCAAAAUUACAAAUCAAAAUAGUUAAAAUGACAACCGAUUUUAAUUUGAAUCGUUUGAACUUGCCAAACAUGGUCGGCCGGCAGUUAAAUGGAGUUUCGCUACCCGUUAAUCGAUACUUUAGUCCUCUUGUUAUAUCGGAUAAACGUAAAGCUCUUGAGCAUAAACAACCCACGCACAUGGCGAUGAGCACUUCCGUCACUGAUAUUGUUGCGGCUGUGCAUAACAACUUAAGAAGUACAACAGAACAACCCAAAAUCGCAGAGGAGAAACCAAAGUUAGUGAAAGAAACCGUGGCAGAGUCCUCGACAGAAAAUCUCCCUGUGGUUGAAACUAAAAACGAUGCAAAAAGCAACAUUAAAAAGUUAAGAUUCCCACUAAACGAAACUUCCAUACCACAAAUUAAAGCAGCACGUGCUAAUAAACAACAACAACGCAUGCGCCGUAGUAUACUAAAACCUAGUGACUAUGACGAUCUAGUCAGUCAGAGGCGAAUACUUGAGGUAAGGGAGCAGAAACGCAUUUUAGAAGAUAUGCUUAUACAACACCAGCGUUUACAACGCGAUCGACAAUCAAUCGAAAUGGAGAUACAAGCGAUGAGAGAACAUUUAAGCGAUCUACGAAACAAAUUGGAUGUCUCUCUAAAAAAAUUAACAACCAAACCAAUCGGAUACAAUCAAGUCGUACUAAAACCCAAAAUGGUUUCCAGGCCGCAAAAGUUUAAUCCUAUGUAUUCACGAAAGUUGCCUAUGGUGCCUGCUAAGCCACCUGCUCUACAUUCAAUAUUGAAAGUAUCAAAUGCCAUGCCAAAAUCAACAAAUCAAGUGGGAAAGCCCGCAAAGAGUCCAGCACCAAAGAGACGAAGUCCAACACGUAAAUCGCCCAUUUCUUCGAAAAAUACGAAACGUUGAGAUGCACUCAUAGACAUACAUAUUAAUAAAUGUACUUGUAAAUGGCUAUAAGCUGGUGAUACCGAAAAGGUAUUUUAGUAAGAUCACUGUAAUAAGCCUUUGUUGCUUAACGGUAAAUUGUCUACAAAUUGAAAGUCCACAUGAAACGGCCGAAUAAAUAUCGUGCAUAUGAGUUCUGUGAAGAGAAUGUGGCCUCUUUCCAAAAGCCACGUGGGCGUACUUAUUGUAGCUUCUGAGUGCCUAAAACUCAGGAGAUUGUUUGCUUUUUAGUUUGCAGGUAACUUUAAAAAAAUUGCUAAAAAUAGUAUAAUUUAAAAAUUAAAUACGCGAAAAAAUGUGCAAACUAUAAUAUAAUAGUUGUGUUCGCGUAAGUGAAAAUUCUCUCCGAAAUAGAAUAAAAAACGAAAAAGUUAACGAAUGUGAAAUUUAUCAUCACUUGCAAAAACCGGUAGCAGACGACAAAUCAGCUGAGUUUGUAUACAAAUUUUUGUGUUGUCCAAUAAAAAUUGCCAAAUAUGUACUUUAUAUACUCAAGUUUUUAUUGUUAAAUUUUUAAUUUUCUCGCAACAAAAAUUGUCAUAAAUAUAUGUACUUUAUAUACCCAAGUUUUUGUUGUUAAA